AUGCGCACGGCUCUCAAGAGGUAGAUCUUCUCACUGUUUUGUGAGCUCUCCGUUUUGACCACUCCUCUUUAUAAGCCCCACCUACAGGCGCGCUCUUCAUUACUCACAAACAAGCUCCGAAUUAUUGGAAUAGGUGAGCGGAGUAUAAGUGCGCGAAGAAGAUCAAAUAACAUUUCAGUUUGUAUAGUAAGCAAAAGUCACUGACAAAGAGCGAGAGAGAGAAACCUAUUGUGUUUUGAAGUACUCAAAGAGUCUGUGACAGAUAAUUGGAUGUACCUCACUAACAUUGCGGGUUGGAGUGGAAUUGCUUGAAGGUGCUAUACACCGGUUGCGGAAUUGGUUGCGAAACGCCCUCCGAUUUGACCUACCGCCCGCCAAACCGCGCAGUCUCUUUUUCCCUGUGUCUCUCGACCGGGGGUCCCCCUCGCCGAUCUCGAUCAAGUGUUUCAACGGAACAACCGCUAGGGGCUGCUCUGAUCAAGAAAAAAUAAGGUGAGUUGAGAAAGAAUUUCAAGACCCAAACUGACUUAUUUACAGGUUUCGAUCACGGAUACGUCGCUGGUUAUAUAUUGGAAUGGAUGGUCGACGCAACAAAGAGAAGAUUGGAGACUCGGCUGCAACGAAGUCAAGUGCGUAAUUCAACUAGUUCUAGCUCGAGUUAAUGAACUUCUUUGUUCACCAAAUUAAGUGAUUUCGAGUUCCGAGCUUCCACAAUCAACGUGUGUUCUCAUUUCAAUAAUUACUAGAGACAUUUUUGGACGGAAACACCGUUUAUUACAGAAAAGUAUCGCGAAGGAUUUAUUUGAUUUAAUGCGCUAUCGUCGGAAAUAUGUCAAAUGUUGAGAGCUGAGGUCAUUUUAAUUAUUAGGAGCUACCAAAGAAAGUCUUGUUGCUAGAGAAAAGCAGACAGUUUAAUUAGGUUUGAUUCGGUUUUCAGCAGGAUGUUUGUCAAAAGAAUAAUUCGUUUCAGAGCCGACGAAAGAUUGUUGAUUCUACUCCCGUAUUCGAAUUCCGACAAAUACUAUAUAUAUUUUCGACUCGGAGGACGCGAGGACUGCCGGGUAACGCCAUGAAUAUUACAAUCGCCAACAAUUGUUCCGACUAUGGCUGAAACGGAUGUUAUUUAGUUCCGGAAAAGUGUUUUUGUCAUUCAUUUGAUAUACAUCAAGUCAUAUUUUUAUCAUUUUUCUUUAUCGGUGUCAUCUGAAUCCGCAAAUAACUUCUGAAUCUUUUUGAUUUCUACUUAGAUGAACGGAGCACAUUUUUCUGAUCAUUUUUGCUCUUGGAUGCUUCUCGAUAGCACUAACCGUUCUCGAGAUAUCACCGACACCACAGCGCCCAACGGCGUCCGUCGCCAUUAUAUAUACACGUUAUGGGCGAUUGAGCCGCGUGACCAGGGUGGUGUAGGCGGUUAAGCUUGUGCUUAGCAAUCUGAAGACCGCAGGUUCGAGCCCCGCCGAGUGCAAAGAAAUUUGCCUCGGUUAGACACUGAUCGUGACGACUUUCAGACCUGACUGAAGGACGUGGCGACUCCGGAAGUGUGUAAACGGUUCAAACCCAAAGGUAAGACGGACGACAGAAAGAAGGAUUGUGGUCGGAAGGUUGAAGAAAGAAUUCUAGAGUGAGUUUGAGAGAAAGAAAGCUCGAUCCUGUGGUCUUCACACCGUAAUACCUGAGUCACCCCUUUUUACAAGUAUUGCAUAUAUGUUCAAUGAUAACAGGCAGCUCCUUGUGACGACAUACAAGUUUCGUGUUUUUGUCAUUCAUUUGAUAUACAUCAAGUCAUAUUUUUAUCAUUUUUAUUUUUCGGUGUCAUCUGAAUCCUCAAAUGACUUCUGAAUCCUUUUGAUAUGUAUUUAGAUGAACGGAGCACAUUUUUCUGAUCAUUUUUGCUCUUGGAUGCUUCUCGAUAACUCCAUCCGUUCUCGAGAUAUCACCGACACCACAGCGCCCAACGGCGUCCGUCGCCAUUAUAUAUACACCCUAUGGGCGAUUGAGCCGCGUGACCAGGGUGGUGUAGGCGGUUAAGCUUGUCCUUAGCAAUCUGAAGACCGCAGGUUCGAGCCCCGCCGAGUGCAAAGAAAUUUGCCUCGGUUAGACACUGAUCGUGACGACUUUCAGACCUGACUGAAGGACGUGGCGACUCCGGAAGUGUGUAAACGGUUCAAACCCAAAGGUAAGACGGACGACAGAAAGAAGGAUUGUGGUCGGAAGGUUGAAGAAAGAAUUCUAGAGUGAGUGAUGAGAGAAAGAAAGCUCGAUCCUGUGGUCUUCACACCGUAAUGCCUGAGUCACCCCUUUUUACAAGUAUUGCAUAUAUGUUCAAUGAUAACAGGCAGCUCCUUGUGACGACAUACAAGUUUCGUGUUUUUGUCAUUCAUUUGAUAUACAUCAAGUCAUAUUUUUAUCAUUUUUAUUUUUCGGUGUCAUCUGAAUCCUCAAAUGACUUCGAGAUCUGAAAGGAGUUCAGUGCUUCAACGCAGUCGAUAUUCAUAGUCAGCCAUUCGGCAAGGACUUCAAGCGGAAAACUCGGAUGGACUGCGAAGUUCCAGUACUCAUUUUUACCAGUUCGCCCGCAUUUCGCCCGCACUUCAUCUUCGCCGGUUGUCCAUUUAUCCGCGAAUGACUUCAAAUGGAAUGUGGGCCAAAUAAGAGCCUGAUUUCGGCCUCCCGCCCGUUUGCCCACGCCGCGUUCUCAUUUCACCCACGCCGGUUUGCCUGUAAUAUAUUUCAGAUUUGCAAGACUUCGGGUCGUCCCUGAUGUUUCACUAAGAACGAUUUUUUUCUGGAGAGUGUAAAUCUAAUCAGAUGUGGCAAAGUGCCGUAAAGUUGUUGAAAAUGGAUGUCAGUGUUGAAAAUGCGAUCUUUGCGAUAACACUUUUGAACAAGCUUUUGUCAUUUUUUCGGGUCAAGCCGGAAAAUUCGACGUUGUGGCUCCGCCCGUUGUGAGUCUGCUAUAUUUUUAAAAAUUUGAGAAUCAAAACACACUCGGUAUCUGUCCCUGAUCAUGCCACUUAUGGCACCUCAGACAUCAGUAACUCAAGGUUCACGUGACUUGUCUCAUGUGCCUUCGUGACCCUUCCAGACAAUAGCUCUUGAACAUAUGUGACCACCCGCCACUACUAUUGCAGUUCUCACUUUCAACUAUUCCCUUCUCCCUCAAUUCGAAGAAGGACAAAACCACAAAAGGAAGGAAGCACGGUGGUGGGCGGGAAAAGGGGUUUGGUCGGCAUUAUUAAACAAUAAUUUGAGUUUCGAUUGGAUGACUUUCUGUCAUUCGCUCGUCUUUGGCUGCUUCCCUUGAUACGUUUGUAGUAGUGUGUUGCUGGCUGCCUCCCUGUCGCCCAAUUUUCUAUCGGGACCUACCCCGUAGCUAAUUGGGCAACAUUGAGGUGUAAGCCGUUCCUCCUUGUUUAUAAUACAACUUGGUUUUCAGUUUUAAGAUUUAUAGCAUUCUACAUUUACCGUUUCAAUAAAUCUAAAAAAUAUGUUACAGAUGAAGAAAAAACCUGUCGAGCGUGAUGAAUUGAUAGAAAAAGCAUCACAAUUCGCUUCCUGUGUUUCAAUUUUUUUGAUAGUUUCCUCUACACUUGUCUACUUUGCUAUUUGCUUCAAAAUUGAAAAUGUCUCUGUUAGACUUCAUAACCACGCAAAGGGAUUCGAGGUAAUGGUUUGUGUUUUCUGUUAAUAGUUUAUUAUGUUUUGUAGACAAUGAAAACAGACACGGAAUCAGAAUUGAUUGACGUAGAAGAUGAGCACCUGCGAACAGCCCGUCAGGCUUGGAGAAAACAGCAACAACGGUGGAGAAACGGGAACGGUGCGGGUAACAGAAGGAAGACACAGUUUGAGGAACCAAAGAUCUGUGGUGAGUAAUUAUUUCGAAUGGCAUUCCCAAAUUGGAAACGGGAAUUCAAGACUGUACUGUAAUUGAAUGCCCUCGAGGCCCUCGAGGAGCGCCUGGCGACGACGGCAACAUUCCUAUCGACGGACAUCCAGGUUCAACUUUUAUUCAAGAAAUAUCAUAGAGAUAGUUUAUUACAGGAGAAGCAGGCAAAGAAGGUACAGACGGAAUCUACCAGGUUGAUGAGCCGGACUGUCCACCCUGUCCACAAGGUCCUCCAGGAGAAGAUGGUUUGCGUGGUGAGCCAGGAGAACCUGGCAGACCUGGAACGCCUGGAGACGCGGGCAGACCGGGUACCAAUGAGCCAGGGACUGCCGGACCACCAGGAGCACGAGGACAAUCCGGAAGAACGGGCCAAAAAGGCGAUCCCGGAGAGGCUGGACAAGACUUUGUUCAACUCAAUGGACUACCGGGUCCAAAGGGUUUGCCGGGACCAGUCGGACUACCAGGAGCACGGGGAGAUCCGGGGAACAAUGGAAAACCUGCGCCACCUGGAAUCGAAGGCUUCCCAGGACCAGUGGGAGAUCCUGGCGAUGCGGGAGAGUAUGGACUGCGUGGUGCGCCGGGAAGGAGAGGAAAUCCAGGCAAGGAUGGCGGAUAUUGUCAGUGUCCACCAAGAGAAGGUAAAAUUAAAUAUGAGAGUCUGUUUGAAAUAGUUGUUGAAGGAUCUGCUCUAUCCCAGAGACAAAAUACGAAGACUACUACUAAGAAAAAGGUAUUUUCCAGUUAAAUCGGACAUUCAUUAAUAAUAUGUGCAUUUUAGCAAACAUUGAGUCACAAUGCUAAUGUCGAAGAUGAUUAUGAAACUGAAAUUGAGAGACAGUCUGCUCCUAAACCUCAAUUCCAAAGAAGAACCUGGCAAAAUCGUAACUUUCUCUUUCUUUUUUUCUUUUUUCAGUCUUCGAGUCGUUUCCACCAGUUGUUGAAAGAAGUACUUUACUUUUCAGAACGAAACUCUCAAAAUCAUCGUGACAUGUAUGUGAAUGUGCGCAAAAACACAAACUCUGACUUGAUUGACGUCGGUCAAUCGAACAUGAGGUGAGACCGAACUGUUCCCUUCUUUUCUCUUCCCAUCACUCACUUUCUCCUGUGUCUGUCUGGUUCACCAACUGUCUUAUAGGAGAUCCCCGCUGGCGCCAUUAAUUGCAUACAAGGAUUCCAGAGAAGAAGGCCAUACAAACGUAUGAACCUCGCCUUCCUGACAUGAUCAUCCAAGCGUGUUUUUGCAGAGAGUCGUUAUGCAGCGAACUUCGUACAACUCCAAAGGCAAUUCAGUGGAUUUUGAGCUCCGUUAA